GGUCCUCUUAGCAAGUCGCCGUCCAUUCAUUACGCCAUCCGAAAAUUUCUUCAUCGCAAAACGUGUGAUGGUUCGCAAGAAAUGUCGUAUGGAAUCAAGAUUGAGCUUUCUACAUAUACUCCUGAUUACAUUCACACCCAGACGUCCAUGCCUCUUUCGGGAGAGAGGCAAAUGGAUUGCCGGAGUUUCAUAUGAAGCCAUGGACAAAAUGCCUCAUAUAUGGUAUCUAUACUUGGACUCAUGGCGUCUCUAGUAUCGCCAAUCUUGUUUCGUCAACAUCUGUUUCCUUUGCACGACAUUCAGGUGUAUACCUAAAUUCAUUGCACAGAUCGACGUCGAUGAUUUAUCAGUUGUUAGCCUUGAUAUGAGUCGAAUCGCAAAGUCUUCCUGGGUGCUUUGGGAAGGGAACCUUGCUGUGAUUUCUGCUUCUUGUAUUGAACACCUUUGUGAGUUUCAGCAGUUCCCAAUAUUCCAACAAAUAAAGUACAUUUCCAUCCCAGGAAACCACUCUAUCACCGAAAAGCUUCGAGGAACCUUUCCAUAAUUUGUUUCUCACUGGUGAUUAUUGAGUAUGGAUAGCUACCGGUAUUGUGGCAUGUAGUUCGUGCUGAAGUGGCGUAGUAUUUCAGAUCCCUUGAAUAGGAGGACGAGACAUUGUAUGACUCGCAGUAUUCUAUGCAUCCGUAAUCUUGGUAAAGUUCAGGCCAUACUUCUUUUGUUUUGUUUCAUAUGGAUCACAUUACAAAAUUGAUAUGGAACUCGUUCGCCCAUUUGCUAAGAUUUCAUAUACCUAUUUACACAUCAAACCAGUCGGUACUCGAUAAAUUAGUCAUUUACAAAGACCGAAUCUUAUGAUGCAGUGAGUCCGUUCUAGUGAGCAGAUCCGGCAUUAACAAUGCCGUGCUUUAGCGCGGCAAUUUAGCCCGUUUUUGUAGGUGUCUGGAGUCAGUAAAGAUGUCCAAGCAGUUGAAACUGUUCGUUUUGUCUGUGUCAUUAUGGAGCUUUCGUCAAUCUUAGGCCACUUUUGUUGGAGAACACCGUUCAAGAAGAGCCGGCAUAUCGGUAUGAAAUCGACACACGUGUCAAAUGGAUGGUGUUCAUGACAAUGUCAGAACAGUGCUCAAGAAGUCUUCAUCUCUUCCUCGAAGGUGAGCUCUCCUGCUCAAGUAUCAUUUGCACGAUACAGGAGAGUGGCGGUGUACGCUAGAUGUGAUGAUCGACAGCACUAGAUUCUCCUUAAAUGGCGUUGUCUUACUAGUGUUAUCCCGUCAAUACAUCCUUCUCUGUCCGGUCAGUGCUGUAUACACCAUAUCUACCAAGACUUCCAAGACGUCCAACAGCUACCAUCAUGAUUACACGUUCUUUGGCGACUUGGCAUAUCUUGAGAAAUUUGUUUGAUAAAGAAAUUCAUCAUGAUAGAUAUUGAAAAGCCGACAGAGUCCUUGGCUACUUCAGACCUCAGUGAGGCAUCAUUGCCUACAGGAGUGGAUUCAAUUUCAAACAUAUUACAAAGACUCGAUGAAUUGGGUCUCCAAUUAUCAGACGAUAAUAUCAUCGAUUGGCUUCCAAAAAAUCAAAAUCAUCCUCGAAAUUGGCCUUUGAAACGCAAACUGGUGAAUACAGCUUGCAUUUUCUUGCUUGAUACAUUUGGUGCUUUGCUAGAAUCCGGGGGUUUAGUUGCAGCAACGCAAGCAGCAACAGAAUAUGGUAUUUCACAGAACCAGUCACUCAUUGCCUUUUCUCUCAUGUACGGAAUCGGUGGAGCUCUAGGAAGCAUUAUCUUUCCACCAUAUUCAGAAGCUUUCGGAAGAAAACCGAUACUCAUAUUUGCAGCUCUUUUGCUACCGCUUAGUUGCAUGAUUACGGGACUUGUACCUUCUAUCGCAGGAGUAUACAUUGGCCGCUUUAUCAUGGGUGCGACGAUAUCGAUUCCUUCAACAAUCAAUGUGGGCAGUCUAGAAGAUAUGUGGGAACCUGCAACCCAAGGCCAUGCAAUCUAUGCAUGGGUACUAUCUGCGGGACUAGGUGCUGCUCUAGGGCCGAUAUAUGGAACCUAUGUCACUAGCGUACUUGGUUGGCGAUGGUUGUAUCACAUUGGCUCUAUUGUUUCCGUCUGCAUACUUUUUGUCCUUCUCAUAGGCAUCUCCGAAACUCGCCCAAGUAAACUCCUUGGGGAUCAUCUUAUCGCUAUACAAUCAUGUGCAGGAACACUGAAACUCCGCACACAAACAGCAGAUGAUCAUGUCCCUGAUUUUCAUACCUUUUGUCAGAGUGCCAUCAUUCAGCCAGCCAAAAUAUUCUUUCAGGAGCCCAUCAUCCUCACAAUGGCAACCCUAUCUGCCAUAGCAUUUUCUCUACUGUUUCUUUUCACCGAGUCUUUGGAUAUCGUCUUCAAACCAUAUGGAUUUAGCCAGACUUCAUACUCGUUAGCAUUCCUUGCAUAUGCUAUAGGAAUGAUUUUUGGUAUUCCGGUCAGGUUGGUAGAGUUUUUUCAUCUCAAGAAGCGUGCAGAAACGAAAGAACUAGAACCAGAAGAUAAAAUAAUCGGCUUUGCUACCGGAGCACCAGCAUUGGCAGCUGGCCUUUGGCUUAUGGCUUGGACAACUCCACCCUUAGUUCAUGGCAUUGACUGGGUGGUACCGAUGAUAGGGUUAGCAGGUGCUGGAUUUGCAGCGAAUGAAAUUGAGUAUGCACUUGGAAAUUACCUAGCUGAUACAUACACUGUCUACGCAUCUUCCGCCUUCGCUGCAUACUCAACCCUUCGAGCCCUUCUCUCUGGCAUAUUCCCUUUGUUUGCUGACCGAAUGUAUAAUGGCUUGGGUUCGAAUGUUGCCGGCUCGAUACUAGCUGGAGUUGCAACUUUAUGGCUCAUUAGCCCUUAUAUUUUUAUGAAGUACGGGAAGACCUUGAGAGAGAAGGGAAAAUUCGCAAAGUUUAGUUUAGAGACUGAUCCGAAUCCUCAGACACUAGAUGUAUUGGGAAGGCAAGAGUGUUGAGAUUUUAGACCAAAGCAUGCGAUAACACGCGAAGAAGAUGUAUUAGUUCGUGCAUAGAAUAGAUCACUUUAUUUUUCAUUAAGU